AUGACGGUCGACAGCAACAAGGAUAACACAAAAUCAUCGUCGUCGUCUUCAACGGCGGCCCUGGAGCCGAUUGAGGGACUCUUCAAGGAUGUUACCUACUACAUCGUGGGAAACAUCAGUGAUGAGGUGCAAAGAAUUCUCAAUGCUGGUGGGGCUAAGAAAGACACUUAUCUCAGUGAGAUGGUGAGCCAUGUCAUUGCUGAUGAUGUAGACAAUGAUGAAUACUCAGAAGCCAGAGAACUGUUUGAAUUGCCAGUUGUUACUAGCAGCUGGGUUCUUCUCUCUGUUAAAGCUGAAAGACAGCUUGCUAAAGAGCGGUUUGCUCCUGAGGAUUUGGUUUUCUCAGGAGUUGUGGCCUGUUUCACUCAGGUUCAAGAAGAAGACAUGAAGGAAAUCUGGGCAGCCAUUGUUUAUAAUGGCGGUUACAUUCAACGUAAAUUGGAUAACCAUGUCACUCAUCUCAUCACUGCUGCUACAAGUGGGUUAAAGUAUGAGACAGCCAUGAAAUAUCCUGAUAAAAUCAAGAUAGUCACGCCUGACUGGGUAACUGACUCUCUUAGUAAAAAGGCCAAGCAGGACGAGAGCAUCUAUCAUCCUCGUCUUAUUGUACAUCCAGAGCCUGAAGCAGUACCUCCUCCAAAUCCAACCAAAACCCCAGAAGCAGAACCUAUGGAAACAAUUCCCACUGUGGUAACCCCUCCCCUGCCUUCUCCUCUUCCUCACCUAGGACCUCAGCAGCAGCAACAACAACCCUCAAUGCCUGCACAUUUCUUUGAGGAGAAGACCCAAACACACACGGCCCCUGUCCCUACCACAAGAAUUGAAUUGUCCACAAACAAAUCUGGCAGUCAACGGCAAACCAUAGCUCAAAUUCUUAGUCAGGAAAGUCAGAAUCGCAGAGAAGUAUCGAACAAAGACUUGUUAACUCGUCUUGUGGGCAGUCCAACCCCUACAACAACUAGUAACCUUGGGAUCAACCCAGGCAGUAUACUCUCUACCUCACCUGUGAAUGCCAACAACAACGCCGCCACCACCACCUCUACCACCACCACCAACUGGGAAAACAACAAUGUUUCCCAGACUGUUAAGCCUAAUGGAUCGCAGCCAGGGACACCGUCCGCUAAAUUAGCCCUGGCUCGAAUGGUGAACAGUCGGUUGCAGGCAGGUGCCAAUCACCACCGAGCAACCACGCCUAGCAGUCGUGCAGCAGCAGGACAGGGGUCGGUACCCAGAAUGCCAACACCUGAACAGAAAUUAGAUGCUACUAGUCCUGUACUUCCAGCCACAUGCACCCCGAAUGCCACUCCAACCACAUCUAACGUUCUCUCCCCUUCUAGAAAAACUUUACAAAAUAUCACCAACAGUGUUGAUAAUGGUCAACCCCAAGUUACACAGCGACCAAGUAUGAGCAAGAUUAGUCAGAUGUUAGGUUUACAUGUUCUACCUCGUACACAAUCAAAUGGGACUUCGACUGUGACGCCUCCAAGUCCAUGUCCGUCUGUGACACCUCAGUAUUGGGGACAUGAUCCUGCAGACAAAAUUUCUCCUGAACUUCCUUUAUUGGGAUGUGUUUUCUACAUAACUGACUAUCACAAAAUUUUGGGAUCUGACAGAAUUACUGUUUGGAAACAGAUCAUUGAACAGUUUGGUGGCCAAGUGGACAAUUCUUAUUCCAACCGUAUCACACACGUCUUGUGUGCAAGUCAACAGAGUGAUGUCUUCCACUUGGCUCUUAGGGACCAGAAAAGAGUUGUAACAGCAUAUUGGUUGAACGAUGUUCUGGUGAAGAAGAAAAUGUUCCCUCCGUGCCAAGUGCUGCAUCUACCUAUCAUUUACGGGGAUAAGAAACCUUGUAAUAAUCAGAUAAUUGCCAUGACAAAUUUUGACGGUGAGGAACGAGAAAGAGUAAAACAAAUGAUUCUGUCUAUUGGUGCUAAAUACACUGGUUACCUGACACACUGUAACUCGGUACUUAUCUGUAAAAGACCUGAAGGCCUGAAAUUUGAGAAGGGCAAAAGAAUGGCGUAUCCCUGUUGUAAACACUCAGUGGCAGAACCAUUUAAAAUGGAUCUUAGCAAAGUCUCACACCUUAUGGUGGGCUGGUGCUCUCCCCUGAAAAUCACCCGAGAUGCUUGGAAAAGAUUCACUCCUGCCAUUAAGAAGAAUAUUUCUUUGAAUGAAAACUUAGAAGAUCCUGGUUUGAAAAGCUUUUCAUCUGAUGUAGAAGGUCCUGUGAGAAAAAAACCAAGGCUUUUAGGAGAUGCCAUUCCUGCUUCCUCUAUGACCAAUCCAAGAGUUUUGUUUACUGGUUUUGGUCAUAGUAUGGUGAACAAAUUACGAGUGAUGGUCGAAAAGCUUGGUGGUUGUGUCAUUGACAAUCCACGCCAAUGCACUCAUCUUGUGGCCAAAUCCCUCAGUCGUACCAUGAAAUUUUUCAUUUCUAUUAAUGUCUGUAAAUAUAUCAUCACCAAAGAAUGGCUGGAAGACAGUAUUGCUAAAGAAAAAUUCCUGGAUGAAGAAGCCUAUGCCUUAAAAGAUGUGGAAGCUGAAAAAGUUUUGCAAUGUGAUUUGACAUUCUCUUUGCAAAGAGCAAGAACUCGGCCACUUUUCAAGGGUUUUAUAUUCUAUAUCACUCCAAGUGUAGUGCCUGCACCGAAGGACCUUCAGUCUAUCAUUGAGAGUGCCGGUGGCAGUGUAAUCAAACGCAGACUCUCAGCAAAGCAGAUAGCUUCAUUGCGUGAUGAUAAGGGUAAUCCGACAUUUAUUGUGAUAACCUGCCCUAAUGAUGUUCACCUCUGUCGAGAUCUUAUGGCUCGCAGGCUGGCUGUUUUCAAUUCGGAAUUUGUACUGACUGGAGUUUUACGACAAGAGAUAGAUUUUGAGCUAUUCCGUUUACAGGUGAUUUGA